CUGCCACGAUGGAGUGUCAAUUCGGAAUCACAGGAAAGGGUUACACCAUCAUAGCCUCAGACUGCAAUGCCGCCAGGUCCAUUGUCAAGAUGAAGGGAGACGAGGACAAGAUCAGGGAGCUCACUCAGCACCUAGUAAUGGCCGUCAAUGGAGAGAGUGGUGACACGAUCAAUUUCGCCGAGUACAUCGAAGCCAACCUCAAGCUCUAUGCAAUCAGGCAUCACAUCCAGCUCCGUCCCCGCGCCGCCUCCGCCUGGAUCCGUGACGAGCUUGCCACCUCUCUUCGUUCUCGGAAACCCUACCAAGUCAAUCUCCUCCUAGGUGGAUACGACAUCCCUACUUCUGCACCCGCCCUCUACUGGUUAGACUAUCUAGGAACAAUGGCUACAGUACCCUAUGCUGCUCAUGGAUAUGGAGCCUUCUUCUGCUUGAGCACAAUGGAUCGAUAUCAUCGACCUGAUAUGACUCUCGAGGAAGGACUAGAUUUGCUGAGGAGGUGUGUGAAUGAGUUGAAGACGAGGUUUAUUGUUGAUUUGGGAACUUGGAAGGUAAAGGUAGUGGAUAGGGAUGGGACGAGGGAGGUGAAGCUGUAA